UCCACGCUGCUCUCCGCCCCUCCUACAGCCUGUUCUCCGUCCCAGUCCGUCCACAAAUGCAUCGAACCCUGGUCUGACUGGUCCUGCUGGGGUCUGCGCUUCUGGGGCUCGCGCUCGGAUCUUCGUGGGGCUCGCGCUCGGAUCUUCGUGGGGCUCGCGCUCGGCUCUUGUGCCUCUUAAACUGCACGCGCUGCUCUGCCAUGGCCGUGUCCAUGUCCCCUCAGUGUCUGGGGCUCAUCAUCCUGGCAGCUCUACUCCUCCAGACCAUCGCGGUAGCUGUCAGCUUUAUGUACUUCAACAAGGCACUCAACACGAUGAGGGAGAGCUUUUCUCGGAGCAGCGUGUCUUGUCUGAUGAACACGAAUGUGCCCUCUGGGUUUGGAGACUCAACAGUGGAGGAGAAGACGGGCGACCCCUGCUGGCAGGUCACGCAACAGCUCCACCAACACAUAGAGAAGACAAUGGCUGACAGAUUCCAGAAGGAGAUAUCGUCUGCUAUGAGAAAUGAGCUGACAGGAGUAAUGCCUAUCCUGAGCCCCGGGGUCCCAGGGGUCCCACUUCCUAAAGUUGCAGCCCAUGUGACUGGUGUUGUAUCGUCCACAGAACCUCCAGCACCAGAGGGCUCUCGGAACAGCAGGGGGUACCUGGGGGAGCGUAUCAGAGCCUGGGAGGGCCACCGAGGUCUGUCCUUCCUGCAGAAUAUGGAGCUGAGAGGAGGGGAUCUGCUAGUGCCCAGAGCAGGACUCUACUACAUCUAUGCUCAGACCUACUUCAGACUGCCUUCCACGGGGGAUACAGAAGGGGACAUGAAGGGGGAAAUGGAGGAAGGAGCACAGCUUGUCCAGUAUAUUUACAAAAAGAUGAGUUCCUACACGGUGCCCAUCCUGCUGAUGAAAUCGUCUCGGAGUACCUGUUGGCCCCGGGGUCAGGAGCCCGGCCUGUUCUCUUUGCAUCAGGCUGGUACGGCGUUCCUGCAGCCCGCCGACCGCCUCUUCAUCAGCGUGAGCAAUGCAAGCGCCAUGGAGAUGGAUGGGAGGGCCAGCUACUUUGGCGCCUUCCUGGUGGGCUAGGACUACAGCAGGAGUGGAGGAAAUAAAUGUGGCCCCAGAGGUCAGGGAUCUGCCCGAUGAACCUGUCUGAAGAUACCAGACUGGAAGAAGUGUGAAGAGAAACAUCUUCAGGAACAUGGAGCUGUUGGUUCAGGCUACGAUGGAAGACUCAGGAUCCUCGAAUGGAAAGAGUGACGGUCCGCUCCAUGUGCAUUUAUACCUGCAGAAAACCACCGCUUGGUUCAGACUCUGUUCUUUUUAGGGAUGGUGAACACAUUUUGCAGUGCAUGCCGUUUACUUCAGAACAAUAGACACAUAUUAAAUGUUGUGGGCUGUUUUGCUGCAGGUCAGUAAUUGAGAUGACAGUAGCAUCGGACACUAAACUGUUUAACCCUUUCAUGCAUGACGUCCAUAUUUGUGGACACAUAGUUGAAGUUCACUUUCCAAAGGGUUACAAGGCAAUAUUCUCCAAACCACAGUCUCUAUAGACCCUAAGCAAUACAAUGAAAAAAGUAUCAUCUUAUUUUUAGAAUUUGGACUGGUCUGUGAUCUCAUACAGUUCACCUCCUAAGACCCAGCUGUGGGCUUUCUGUUCAUGUAUGUGGACAAGAGUUUCACUGCUUUAUACAUGAAGAUAAAUAAAUAAAUAAAUAAAAAACUGU